CCGUAAGUACGUCGUUGUUUGUACGCUGUCCUGAAGUUAGCUAACGAUCACCAGUUAGCUAGCUGGUUAAAUUUAGUGACGUUAGCACAGUUUUAAAUGUUUACGGUUAGUUAUAUUCUGUGUGCUUUAAAUACUUAAACUUACUCAUACGUACAAAAGCCGCCUUCCGUUUCGAUUCAGUCGGUGUUUGUCGCAGAAGGAUCGUCGUUAGCCAAGGAGGCUGAUAGCGUCCACAAUGGAGGGCAGCGCCAGUGUGAGGAGAUCACUGUCCGGGACUCUCGUCCCUGUGACGGUCACAACAAUGGCUCUCCUACAACAACCUGAGGAGGAUGACAAAGGAAAACUGAAGAGAAAGGUUCUCGAUGAAGAGAAGUACAUUGAGACUUUAGAGAAGAUCAUCCAGAGGGACUUCUUCCCAGAUGUCACUAAAUUGCAAGCGCAGAAGGACUAUCUUGAAGCAGAGGAAAGUGGUGAUCUAGGGAGAAUGAGAGAGAUUUCCAUCAGAUAUGGCUCGUCUUUGACUAAAUCUACACCACGGUCUACUGCACCCUAUGUGACACCGGCUAGCUUCGAGACGCCAGUGGGCCACCCAGGGUCUCCCUCCUCCACUCAUGGCAGUAAAGGUUUAGAUGGGGAGAGCAGGGCUGAUAACAAGGAAGAGAAAGAGCUGCCCUGUCUGGAUCGUUUCCUUGCUAAAAACACCAGCGAGGAUAAUGCAUCAUUUGAGCACAUAAUGGAUCUAGCAGACGACAAGGAGAAACUGAAGCAUUCCUGGUUAUAUGAGGCCGAGGCUGAAUUCAAACAGCGCCACAAGGAGAACCUUGCGUUACCGUCAGUGGAGAAAGCUGCACUUGAAUGUGUCAAAGCUGGACUUGAAACAUGGGAGUACAAAGCGAAGAAUGCCUUGAUGUAUUAUCCAGAGGGUGUUAAAGACGAUGAUGCUUUAUUUAAGAAGCCACGGGAGGUAAUUCACAAGAACACGCGCUUUGCAGGAGACCCAUUCAGCAAGGCUCUAAACAAAAGCCAGAUUCAGCAGGCUGCAGCCCUCAAUGCACAGUUCAAACAGGGUAAAGUUGGCCCCGAUGGGAAAGAACUCAUCCCUAAUGAAUCCCCAACAGUGAAUGGAUAUGGUUUUGAAACAAUGCCCUCCCCUGCACCUGGUGUAUCUGAGUCGCCUCUGAUGACGUGGGGUGAGAUUGAGAGCACCCCAUUUCGUCUGGAUGGAUCAGACAGCCCAUAUAUUGAGAGGAAUCACGGACCAUCAUUUAAGAUUCCAGAACCAGGAAGACGAGAGAGGCUGGGCUUAAAGAUGGCCAAUGAAGCUGCCGCUAAAAACCGUGCAAAGAAACAUGAGGCAUUGCGAAAGGCCACAGAGAACCUUGCAAGUCUUACGCCUAAAGGUCUGAGCCCAGCCCUCACCCCCGCCCUGCGGAGGCUCGUAAAUCGGACAUCUAGCAAGUACACAGACAAAGCACUAAGAGCAAGUUACACCCCAUCGCCCUCACAUACAGUCUGCAAGUCUCCCUUCGGUGGCCCAGCCACUCCCUCAGGAACGCCAACACCCGACAAAGCCAAGACGCCAAGCUCUCAGGACCUGACAUCACUCACAGACAAUCUGCUGCAACUUCCCAAGAGACGGAAAGCCUCAGACUUUUUCUAAGUAAGAGAAGAUAUUCUCUGCUUUAACUGUACAUAACAGACUCAUUAUAAUGUGGAAAAACUUGAUUAUUAACUCUCCAGACCCAGUUUUCUCCCAUUAAAGAGCACAUUUUGCAAUCGAUAAAGACCGAAAAGUUUUUAAGGAUAUAUUCGUUACAUUUUUGCACAGCUAGGUUACAUGUAGGUCCCUGUGAAAUGCAUCUUUGUGUCCAAAUUGUAUUCAAUUACUUGUUUAUCUUGUUGUAUCAAACUUGGCCAAACAGCUACCUGCCUAAAUUAUAUUAAUUUAAUUAUAAUCCAGUAGCUGUCCAGUAGAGUCCCACAUACACAUGAGAUUUCAAAGCACAGCAUCUCAUAGCUGUCACCCAGCUGUCCAUACAUGCUACCAUGACAUUUCAGUGUUCGUCUCAGAAUCAUAGAAAUGACUCAAAGUGACAUGUUUUGUUACCAUGUCAUGCUUUUAUGUUGGUGUUAAAAAUAGAAAAAGAACCCACUGGGCUUCAGUUUGACAGCUCACUGUUUGUCAGUGUAAAUGUUUCUUUUUGCCACUAUAUAUCUUCUUAAUUUAAAACUGAAAAAGUUAAGCAGGCUCAUAAAACUGUACAAACUUUUUCUUAAUCUAUAAUAAAAAUGUCAAAUUUUUGACUCAAAAUGGUCUACAAAAGAAUAUACCAUGGAUCACCAGAUUACAUUAUUGUCAAUAGUUCUGUUUUACUGGUCGAAGUACAAUAUUAACUUUAUAUCUCCCCUUUAUUUUCUAGCAAGCUUCAAAUGUAAAUGUAUAGUCAUGAUGUUUUGUGUUUAAACUACAGCCACAAGUACUCUAACAUGCCCUCAGUCGGUUGUGUUUUUUUUUUUUUUUGUAACAUUAGGGUGUACAGGCUCCCCUAAGGCAAGAUUUAGUCAACGCACACGCAGGAGUCAUGGUUCAUAGACGUAAUUUUGACUGAGCUGUAGACAUUAUACCUAAACCUUUGGGGGUUUUUUUACAUUUCAGUACAGUGAAUGUUUAAUAUGUAUAUUUAUGAAAAUGUGUCCCUUUUGAUUUGGGUCCUGACACAAAUGCAGUGAAAAGAUGGGUUUGCAUUUAUUGAAGUUGGUCUUUAAGCCGAAAAACUGCUGUUAAGACAUAAUACAGUACAUACAGAUGGGUGACAAGAGGCCACCACGAGGCUCCGUACUCCUUGCCACAUCUAUGGAAUUCUAUUGGACGGAUGUACACCAUUCCUCCACAAGAUAUUUCCUCAUUUAUAUACUUUAUUUAAUCAGGUAAUCUCAAUGAGAUCUAGUUAUCUUUUGCAAGAGAGACCUAAGUGCAGUAGAUGGAAAGAAAAACAAACAGCUAGACACAACAGAGGGUAAUAAAGCAUCAGAGAUUAUCUGACACAGCACUAAAUUGAUUUGACGAUUAGUGUUGUCUAAACAUGUUGGUCCAAAUUCUAAAAUAGAUGUGAAACUGGGUUGAGCUCUGGUGACUGUUAAGGCUGUAGCAUAUUAACGUCCAUUUGAUGAGCCCUGGUGCACUGAAACAUCUGUAUUUGAUAUGUUUCUCCACUCUUUAAUUCAGUGUUUUCCUUUAAUUUGUCCCCAGUCUGUAACUCCCAAUAUGUUAACAAAAGUAAGCCAUAACAUUUCCUUAAACACAUGGGCUCAUCAGACAGAGGAAGGGCAUAAGACAGCAAAUCAAAUAACAUUCCUGGUAGAAUUAUAAUAAUGAUGGCUCUUAAAUAAAAAAAGUUAUCUAGGAUCCCAUAAGAAAGGGCAAAUCCCACGACUGCUUUGUUGAAAUAACUUGGUUUUAGAAUAAAUCUCUGUUUAACUGGG